CGAGAAACAACCGGCUGUGCGGGGAACUUCCCGCCGGGGUGGCGAAAUACGACAAAGUAUCAAAGGCAAAAAUGUCUGGGUCUGGUGGAACAAAGCCACUUGUCAUGCUAAAUCUGAAUCAUGUAAAAAUUAAAAUCUGUGUUGCAUCUGCAUGAUUACCAAAAGCUGUCCACUUUUGACCUAAUCGAGAGGCAGUUUCUCAUGCAGGAUAGGCAUGAUAGAACUCGCACAGAAUCUGUCAUGCUAUGUCCUGCAUACCAGACCUCAUGGGUCAUGGAAAACCUGCAUGACAAGUCUGGCAUUCUUCCAGACCCAGACACUUUUGCAUUUGAUACAACGUCCGCGACACUCUACCCUGGGCAUUUCGGAGCCGGGUUUACUUGGCCGAUGGCAGGUGGGUCCGGUCCGAUGUGCUGUCUGGGGACGAGUGGCUGGAGCAUUCUUGGAACGUGGAAGACGCGCAGAACGACAAAGACCCGUUAUCCUGUGUAAAAACAUCCCCACCCCACCAGAGUUGUCAUGCAAUUCUGCAUGCCAAAAAAGUUUCUCAUGCGGAGCGGUAUGAGAAGCAUUUUUUAUUCGUGUUUUGGAAUUUGCAAUGCUAGAAACAGCAAGGUAGGCUCGAUCUGUGAUGCUUCUGAACUAGCUAAACAGGAUAAUUACACUACGAGGACAAACGUGUCAUGCCAAACAACCAAAGCUUGUUGAUUUGUCUAGCAGAUUUCCCAUCUUGUUGACGCUGGUGUGGGGACGUUUUCAAUCAGGAUACCCUUAUAACACGUGGAAUUUUGGAAUCCCGAAGUUAGGCGACGCGGACCGAUACACGCUGUGUUGGGGGGAAAACCCCUCGUACUCCGACCCAGUCUACACCUGGUACAGCCACCACUACAUGAACGUCGGUUGGUUUUCCAUGGAAUUAACGGCGCAGUGUGUGUUGG